AUGGUAUCACUACCAUUACGUUUAAGUAUCCCUUGUCAAAUGACUUUGCCCUUAAACUGCGAGGGACGACGACCGCGUAAACGCUUUGUCAUACACGUACCCAUUAAGGUAUUAAAACAUCAUCACACACACACGCUUUACUCGCUCAUACGCAGUGGUGCACCCAAGCAAACUGUUUACAAAAUAUUAGGAUAUGGAGGUUACGGUGGGGGACACGGUGGUGGUGGACAUGGCGGACAUGGUGGUGGUGGAUAUGGCGGCCAUGGUGGUGGUCACGGAGGAGGUGGACAUGGUGGUGGUGGCCACGGUGGUGGUCACGGAGGAGGUGGACAUGGUGGUGGUGGUCACGGCGGUGGUGGUCAUAGUGGCGGUGGUCAUGGUGGUGAACAUGGUCAUGGUGAACAAGAGGAUUAUGGGAAAGGAGGUGGUUAUGGACACGAAGAGCAUGAUUAUGGUGAUGAUAUGAUACAUCAUGGCUGUGAUGGGCACAAUAAUGGUGAUAUGGUAUUUAAUCAUUUUUCCAGAAGUGAUGAAAACUAUCCGAGCGAAGAGGAAAUUAUACAAGAAGAUGAAUGGUUUGACUGA